GCCAUUACUAACCAUUCUGUCAGGCGCGAAAGUUGCGUAGCGGUUAUUUCGCAGUUAUAUUUUCAUUGUUCGUAUGUGUCGAGAUUCAAUACAACUACGAUUGCCUCUGUGUUUUCGUGCCGCGAGUGUCUAUUGUCCUGCGAGGUUUGCUAAGCCGAAGGAGUUGAGUAAUGGCUUCGUGGAAGUGUAGUAAGACGCUUCUCUUACGCGUAGGUGUUCUGUGCGAAAAAGGACGAGGUUCGCGAGAAGCGGAAUAAACGUGAAAAGGCUCCUGCCUUUCCACGAGGACGCCUCCAAUUAUACGGAACACGAAGAUCGCAUUCGGUUCCUCUUUGUGAUGGGUGUGAUACCACUGUACCAGUCGUUUGAGGAUGUCUCAGAUGGAGCACAUGGCCAGCACCAGCUUCAGAGGAGCCAACAUCAAGCAUUUUUCUUUCACCAAAAACAAAAACAAAACAAAAGAACUUCACAUACCAGGAGCUGUGGAGAAUGCUAUGAGGAAAUCAGGAUCAGAAAAGAAUUUGUACUCAACAGAAGGCUUCAAUUUCUUGGACAGCAUUAUUGUUCCAGCAAGCCAUGGACUAAAAAUGCGAGUUUUCUUUGAAAUACACUAUGGAGCCAUAGGCCUACUGGGGAAGGAGGGCUCCAUAAAACUUCUCCUAACGAGUGGUUUGCCGAACCGCAAGGUCACUUGGAAGACGGCAACUUCAGUUCUAGCAGAAAGUGUGGCAACAAGUAUUAGAGUUAGAGCAGCAAUCCUCUCCAAUCAGGGACUGCUGGAGUUGGAUUGCGAGGCGUGGAGGAGCUUCCCGAGAAGUUGGGCCAGUUCGUUACACAGAGAUUCAGUUGCGGGAGCUGUAAGCAAGGUCAGAGGAGACCGCUCCAUGACCCUUCCGAGAGGGAGGAACGUGCUAGGAUCUGCGUGGGACGGCAACGUCAAUGGUGGCUUGCGCUGUUCUAGGCGGCCGAGCGAAGGGGUGGUGGCCCGCAAGGACGCCCUCGCCAGGCGAGAUUGUUCCAUCGACUGGAGACGGCCCUGGGUGGUGCGGCUCCACGGUAGGCAGUACUUGUGUACCCCAGCGGCGUCGUGUAAGAGGCCUACUAGUUCCGAUAAGGAGCAAAAACCUCAUACUGUAGUACAGUUACAUUAG